AUGAUUUCCCCUACAGCUGCUUCUUCUUCCCUUAGCACUCUCACCUUCCUAUAUAAGAUCCCAGCUUUAUUUCUUCUUCUUCUUCUAUUUCUGAUUCAGCAACAGGGAAAAUGGGCCGCAGAGAUAAGAGAUCCACGGCAGGCGACAGAGGUUUGGUUAGGGACGUUUAAGAAGGCAGAGGAGGCGGCAAGGGCUUAUGAUAAGGCAACCAUUGAUUUUAGAGGACCAAGAGCUAAGCUUAAUUUUCCAUUUCCUGAUAGUGGCAUUGCAAGUUUUGAAGAGAGUAAAGAAAAGCAAGAAAAGUAG